GCACACUGCAUCCCCACCUUCCAAGGCAGAGUUCAUCGCUGUCUUUCUACCUGCCAGUGUUUUCCUGCAAUUUCUUUCCGCCUUUUAUGAAGAAAUUGCCUGCCAUUAAGCUAAGUUGAGUGAGCUCUCACAGUAAAGAGUGGAUGGCUUUUGCAGACCCUCAAAGUCAACGAGCUCCUUCUUCUUCGUCCUCUUCUAUUUCUACUCGUGGAUGGAAUUACGAUGUUUUCUUGAGCUUUAUGGGUGAAGAUACUCGCCAUAAUUUUACAGAUCAUCUCUACAGAGCUUUGGAUCAGAAAGGGAUUCGUACCUUUAGGGAUCAUGAAGAGCUACGAAGAGGAGAAGAGAUUGCAGCAGAACUUUUAAAAGCUAUUGAAGAGUCAAGGAUUUGUGUCGUAAUUCUGUCGAAAAACUAUGCCCGUUCUAGGUGGUGUUUGGAUGAACUGGUAAAGAUCAUGGGGUGGAAGAAGUGUAUGGGACAAUUAGUGCUUCCGAUUUUCUACCAGGUGGACCCCUCCAAUGUGCGAAAACAGAAGGGGAGUUAUGAAGAAGCAUUAGCCGAUCAUGAAAGAAAUGCAGACGAGGAAGGAAUGUCGAAGAUAAAGAGGUGGAGGGAAGCGUUGUGGAAUGUGGGGAAGAUUAGCGGAUGGUGUUUAAAGAAUGGGCCUGAGGCACAUGUUAUUGAGGAGAUUACUUCCACUAUUUGGAAGAGUUUAAACCGGGAACUCUUACAUGUUGAGAAGAACCUUGUUGGGAUGGAUCGUCGAAGGGUGUCUUCUUCUUCUUCUUCUUCUACUUGUAUUGGUCCAUGGGAAUAUGAAGUUUUCUUGAGUUUUAGGGGUCAAGAUACCAGACAAAAUUUCACAGAUCAUCUCUAUGCAGCUUUGUCUCAGAAAGGGAUUCGAACCUUUAGAAUGGAUCAUACCAAGGGAGAAAUGAUUUUGCCAACUACUUUGAGAGCUAUUGAGAUGUCAAGGUGCUUUCUCGUAAUUCUCUCGAAAAACUAUGCCCAUUCCAAAUGGUGUUUGGACGAGUUGAAGAAGAUCAUGGAGUCGAGGCGUCAAAUGGGAAAACUAGUUUUUCCAGUUUUCUAUCAUGUGAAUCCUUCCGAUGUGCGAAAUCAGGGGGAGAGUUAUGGAGAAGCGUUGGCCAAUCAUGAAAGAAAAAUUCCUCUAGAGAAUACACAGAGGAUGAGAGCAGCUUUGAGGGAGGUGGGCAAUCUUUCUGGAUGGCAUAUACAGAAUGGGUAA